AUUUGGUGACAAUUAGCAUGACGUCUUUUUGACAAUUUCCAUUUUACCAAAUGCAUUAUUUCAUCUUGAUUAUUUCCAUUCUACAUGGUGUGAGUUCACUCGAACGCGUCAGCACCAAUUUACGUAAAAAACUCGACGCCGAAGAACAAAACGCCAUAUGUUGCAUGCACCACAUGGAUUGCUGUAGAAGAGAGACACAGAAGCCGACAAGUUUUGAGGUCAAAUCUAUGAUGACCGAAUGUCCGAACCAAAACUGUCUUAACUGGUCAAAUGCCCAUCAAGUCAUCGUCCAACGCAACAAAACCACGCCUGAAAAGUUAACCGACUGCAAGCAAAAGCUACUCCUCACUAUCAAAGUCACCAACGAAGGUAUUCCCAGCGAUAAGAGCGAGUAUGUCAUUAUCGACCACAUCACCGACCCCACAACUUUGCAAAAAGUGCGCAUUUUGAACCCUUACGCUAUCAGGAUCAGGCAGCAGCCAAUGCUGCAAGCGUACCAACUUAAAUUCGAGCGAGCUGUAAACGGGGAAGCCAAGGAGCAAGUCUUUAAUAAACACACUCGUAACUACCGAGGCUGUGACACUUCCUACGAAAGCCCCACCUGCGGUCUAGUUCAGCACGAAGGCAAAAUGGUUCCGUACAGCACGGGAUUUUGUUGCUCUUGUGAUGCUGAAAAAAAUCGCCAGUUGGAGGAGCAUGGGAGUCAUGUGCCCUUAGUUCAAUGGCCUCUCCGUGAUGGUGUACCUGACUAUCGUAAAAAUCGUCCCGAAGAAAAUGAUUAUGAACAUUAUAAACAUUAUGGAUUUAUAAGGCCCGAUGGUAAAAUGGUUUAUGGACGGCCUCAAAAGCGUGCCGACAAAAGUGUGAAUUACCAACAAUUUACUGAGUUAAAGGAUGGUAAGAUUCGUCAGCGCCGCGGCGGCCAAACCUGCGACGACGCCGACCUGAACAUCCCCGAAUCCUUCCGUGAGAGCACCCAUUGCCUCACCUUCUCUAACAUGUGGUACUCCGUCUACCAAAUCUCAAAGCCGGAAAUCAUCCACAAACUGCGAAUCCAAAUCUUCCAAAAAUACGAAGACUGCCACGGAAACACCCAUUGGAUGGACAUAACGCAAGGAAAAACCAUAGAACUCGGCACUCAAACCCCGCUCUACGUCGAGAAAGACAUCAUUGCCAAAUACUGCUCCGAAGACAUUGAUUUCCAAGACCAAGCACUUGAUUACAAAAACUUGAAGCUACUGAUACCCGAACGCCGAGUCGUCGAUCCUGAACAGUUCAUGCUCUUACCGAAAAAUAGUGUUUCGGAUGGUCGGACGUGCGAUACAGCUGGGGUGGGAUAUGAGGCGUUUUUCAAACAGCGGAAACGUUGUGCCCAACCACAGGGUUCCUGUUUGGGGAACCAACCAAAUCAGCUGCAUGAGAGCGAUACCGAAGCUGUGAAACAGGGACGUGUGGGGCAGUAUUUUUUAAAGUUUUACGGGACUUUGGCCGAGGAUCCCGUAGGUUAUAACUCGUCUGGACACAUUCAAUACUUGAAAAUGGUUUAUACCAAGAGACAUGUGAGCACGUUGAGUUUCGAAUUGAAUGCUGAUUUGGUUACGUUGUUGAAACCUAACUCUUUUGCCACAAUCACUGAAGCUUACACCGAUGCCACUGAUCCGUCCAAGGCCAAAAUUAUCGUCAAAGUGACAAAUUCUGGUCUUUUGUACGGCGUUUUCUAUGUGAGAAUGAGUGGUUGUCCCUUGGAAGUUGCCGCAACUUUUAACAACAUUGCCUCCAAGUCUGUGCUAAUUCCGCCUCAACACCAACACAUUUUCAACUUGUUAGUGGAAUAUCCGCUCCCAAUGAAGGAAUUUUACUGCUCAAUUCAUGUCCACAACAUCAACCAGGAGCUAAUAGCAGUUCGGCAAGUCCGGAUUGUGACGUACGAUCGUUGCAUUUGUAUCUGGCAUUGUGAGUGCGCUUGUUACGUGGCUGAUAAAGGUCUCAAGUGCCUGCCAAUGACUCUGGAUAACUAUCACGCUGCUGGUUUUCAAGGCGGUUUCCCUACAGAGACGCACUUUGUUGAAACCUCAUAUCUGGACGAGAUGUUGGCAAUGAUGUUCAACAUGUUCUUCUUCCUGGUGUUGACUCUCCUAGCUAUGGGUCUGGUUAAGGCACUUUUAGGGCUGUGUUCCCAAGAAAUCAGUCUUUGGGGACUGGAUACUAUCCUCGGGACUGAAUCUAGCGUUAAAAAUUGCGGUGACAAAAAGUGUGAAUAUAAAAAUAACAGUGGGAUUUCACUAGCGGGACAGUUUUGCUUGAACGUGAUGUUCUUCUUCUUGUAUCCCCUAGCACUGUUCAAUCUGUGUAUCCGACAUUACUGUUUCUCGGCUUAUACUAUCGAAGACGAUGAGUGUUCGUGUGAGGAGAGAUGGGUUAAUUACGAGUGCGAUGAUGAAGUUUGCCGGGCAAAAAGCACCAAAAGUUCGAUAAACACCGACCAGAAAAGUAACGGGGAGAAGUCAAGUGAGGGCCAACCAAGCAGAAGUAACGAAGAUACGGCGAAAGAAAUUUCAAGUGAGGAUAAAGACUUGCCACCAAGCGGAAGCAAGGAAGAGAAGAGUAACGAAGACGAGGGAAAGGACGUUUCGAGUGAUGAUAAACCAGAGGCAAGGCCAAGCAAAGGCAAGAAACAGAUUCCUGAAGAUUCAACGAGUGAAGAAGCAAAUGCAAAACCACGUAAAGGGAAAAAACCAUUAAGUGGGGAAGACACAGCAAGUGAUGAAAAUACGAGACCGAGAAAAGGCAAAAAACAGAAAGAUAUUGACGAAGUUGAAGAUGAGGGGAAGCCAGACCGAAGACCACGACGAAAUAAGGGUAAAAGUAGCGGAGAAUCAGCAGAUGAAAGUUCAGGAGAGGAGAAGACAGGAGCAAGAAGGCCAAAAAAAGGGAGAGGAAGGCGUUAAUUUACUCCCAACUGUGACCAUAUCUCUAUAAAUUCUGUACAAUUUAUAAUAAACUCUUAUUUUUUAA